AUGCUUGCUCGCAAUGGCGCUAACUUCUGGAAAGAAGGGCUGUCCGCUUCACCCGGCCAUGCGGCAAGCAUGGCGGACCCCACGGACUUGAACCUCGAUGCGCCCAGCGAUCUACAGGAUAUCCCCGACCUGUCGCCCGUUGACGACCUCGUUCCGCCGCCAGAAGGCACAUACCCCGAUAAAGCGUCGUUGAUAGCGUCGGUGCAUGCUCAUGCAAAGGCACACGGGUACAAUGUUGUUGUCAAAUCGUCCAGUACGCCCACCGAGAAGAAACCAGGGCGUACCGCGAAGGUCUGGUUAAGAUGCGAUCGUGGAGGCCAGUACAGGCCCCGGAAUGGGUUGACGGAGGAGACUCGCAAGCGGAAACGGACGUCCAGGCUGAUGGAUUGUCCGUUCAUGCUCGUGGCUGCUGGGAAUCCUGGCAUAUGGACGCUCACCGUCCUGAAUCCGACACACAACCAUGGAGCUAUCAUGGAUAAACCCCGCCAGGCGCCUCAUCAUCGAGUCAAAAAGGGUCAGGUCACCGCCGUACCUUACGACUGGCCUCACGAUGCCACUUUUACUCCGUUCACCACGGCUCUGGUAGUCGUUGACAUGCAACGGGAUGGUACGUACCCCCUGCUGACCCUGGCCCCUCCAUCAUGUCUGGACAUCGUUCUAAAUAUGUAUCUAGUUUGCUCGCAAGAAGGAUAUAUGUCAUAUCAAGGCUACGAUGUCACGCCUGCCAUGGCGCUAAUACCCAAAAUUCGACGGCUACUGGAUGCAUUCCGCGCCGCCGGCUUCCCCAUAUAUCAUACCCGUGAAGGCCACAGACCAGACCUCUCUACUCUUUCGACUCGUGAAAACUUCCGCUCCCACAACAACCCAACAGCCACAGGCAUCGGAUCCACAGGUCCGUUAGGCCGUCUCCUCAUCCGCGGUGAACCAGGCCACGAUAUCGUCCCCGAACUCUAUCCAAUCGAUGGUGAGCCAGUGAUUGAUAAACCUGGCCGCGGAGCAUUCGCACAUACCGACUUCGAACUACUACUACGUAACAAGGGGAUUAAAAAUCUUGUUGUUGUCGGAAUGACAACCGACGGGGCUGUAGCGAGUACCCUUCGCGAAGCCUGUGAUAAGGGGUUUGACUGCCUAUUACUGGAAGAUGGGACUGUGGCAGUCGACCACACGCUGCAUAUCGGUGCGUGUAAUAGCGUGAAGAUGGAAGGUGGCCUGUUGGGCGCCACCUCACGGAUCGACGAUAUCGUGCAUGCUGUGGAUAAUUUCAAGAGUCUACUCGUUAAGAAGAUGGCGCCACAAAUGAUGGUGUGA